CUUUUACAUUUGAUCGGUGACCACAGAAAAGGCGGUGUCAAUUUCCACAUAUUUCAAAUAGUAAUAUACCCAUCGCACCUUAUCUUUUGAUAAGUUAGCGCAAACGGUCGGCCAUGUUUUUGUUCAGUCGCUAUUUUUACAAGCCGUGAGCACAGCCUGUGCGAUUUUAUUUACAUUUUUUUAAAAACUAUACUAUUAUCAAGAUGGGUUGUGGUGAAUUUCUGGUUAAAUAUAUACUGUUCUUCGCGAACUUAUUUUUUGCGCUAGCGGGCAUCGCGUUGCUCGGGCUGGGCGUGGCGGUGGAGCUGAAGUGGUCUCAGGCGGCUGACUUCCUGGAUAACUCGCCCAUAGUCCAGCUCACGCCCAUCGGUGCCAUCGUCAUCGGCUGCAUCGUGUUCGUCGUGGCCUUCUUCGGCUGCUGCGGUGCCAUCCGGGAGAGCAACUGCAUGCUCAUCACUUAUGCGAUCUUCAUGAUAGUGCUGAUGGUGCUGAAGAUCACGUUGGCGACACUGAUCUUCGUGAAGCAGGACGCGCUGCUGGCAGACAUCCCCAAGUGGCUCGGCGACGCCUUCACCAAGGACAAACAAGCCUUCCAACAGAUAGAGCGAACUUUCGAGUGCUGCGGCGUGUCAGGGCCGGAGUCCUACUUGAGCCUGACGCUGCCCGAUUCCUGCUGCGCUGGAACUCCGUGCACCAUCGUCAACGCGCACCCUGGAUGCACUAAGGUUGUGGGCGACUUCCUUCAGACAUUCGGUCUGGCCAUCGGCGCUGUCGCAAUCGUCAUCGUUGCUGUUGAGUUGGUGGCGGUGGUGUUCGGGUUGUGCCUGGCGAACCACGCGCGCAACAAGAGCAGAAGAACGCGUUACUAAAGUCCAGUUGGCUGCAGAUGCGCAAGCGCAGCCGUACGACCCGUAUUAGCCUCUUGCGUCUGCGGCUCUCACCUUAGGCUAAGUCAGUCGAACGAGUGCGUUGAACGGUCGAAUUAAACAUUAUCUAGCGAAACUGCCAUCUACAAAGCAUGAGUUUACAAUUGUCGCUGUCAAAUUAUGCAGUUUGCAUGAAGACGUAAGAUUACUAAACGGGGGAGCUGCUGAACUUAAGAGAUAAAGAAUAAUCCAGUAUCAUCAAAGACAAAACAGAGGAUUCCAGAUAUUAUGAUAGAUGCUGCUAGUGGUUAAAAACUAUACUGUUCCCUUUAAAUACAGGCAUAUUUACGUAUAAUAUAGGCUCAAAAAAUUUUAUGUUUACAAUCGCCAUACUUAUGUAGAUUACCUCAGUAAAAGAAUUAAAAUAAUAUAUUUUGUUUGCUUUGUAAAUAUAUCGAGCUCUUAAUUUCUGCUGGGGAAUCCAGACUAUCUUUUGUUUUUGAAAAUUGGUGUAAUACUUAAUUACAAGUGAAACAACCUAGUCGCAGCGUCUAUGCAUUUCGAAACGACUCCCUCGAUUUCUUACGUCCGCGUCAUAUCGAUGAACUCUCCCCGAGUUCUUCACACCGUAGGCUUAACCUAUUGCACAUGGUUACAGCUACAUGCGAAAACUCGACAAACAACGACUCUAUGACCUCCGCACAUCAUAUCGACUCAACACCUCCAUAAUUUCAACCGAUAGACGUCUACUAUUGAACAUAGGUCUUUGUAAGGACUUCCACGGUCUUAUCCUGCAUGUGUCCAGUGCCUGAUUAUCACUUGCUUGAUAUUGUCUGUCCACCUCGAGGUCACCGUGCGCUUUCUAAUCGGGGUCGCCACUCCAGUACCAUGGGACUCAAGCCGCAAGCGUCUUUCGGCACUUCAUGCUGAAACCACAACUCGGCUGUAAUACUAGCAUUGGAAUGUGAGCUUUAUGUUAGGUGUUUUAAAGUAAACUUUCCAAUACUUUUGUGCCUGUAGUAUACAACGAGGGAACCACUCGUUGCCCACAGGUUCACACACUUUUACACUUUCUGCCUUUCUGACUAUGAAAGUCACAGAGAUCAUAGUCGAAUUGAUGUUUAGUCGAUAUGGUGUGAAAAGACCUUCAUUUGUUUUCGCUACUGAAUCGCAGUACACAACAUAUACAAUUUAAGUUAAAAUAUGAAUUAACGUAGCCAUUAAGUUUUUUUUAGUGCACAUUAUUUUUAUAUUUUUAAGUUAAAUAUGCACGUUGGACUGGUUAUGUUACUUUAAUACAUUUCUGUAUAUUCAAUAAAUAAAAACAUCCGUUUGCGAAAACCUAACAUAGCUUUGUAAAUAUUUGAGUCUCUAGUUAAGAUCAUGGUUUAAAAUUUCUAAACAUUAAAAACAUGCUUUCCUAACUAUUAGAGUAAUACAUUUGUGACACCUCUUUUAUGAAGUCAAUCUUGUCACAUAGAACUUUCAAGUCAUAAGUUGUAGAUACUAACUAAUAUGAUCCCACUACUUUGUUUUUCCUUUCUCUUAAAAAAUGACCCCAAUGCGUAUAUAAUAAAUACCUUAAAAAUA